AUGGCUGGGGCCGCAUCGGCGCUGAUCCAGUCGCCGACGCAGCUCAUUGAGGUCAACCAGUCGAACCACGGAUCUUCGAUGUUUGCCACAGCCAGGAAAGUCAUCUCCCAGAAUGGAACAUUGGGGCUCUGGCGUGGCUAUUCCAUGGGCGCCACUCGAGAAGGCAUAUUCUGCAGCUCUUACAUUGCCAUCAACCCUUCGGUCAAGACUUGGCUGCUGGAAAAGCGACCUGAAUUGUCUGAGGGUGCUGCGACCGCUUUGGCCUCCGUGUUCUCCGGGUCAUUGGGAGCCGCCCUGUCCCAUCCAGCAGACACGCUGAAGACGCGGCUGCAAGCGGGAGCACUGCCCGUGCGCCCGGGAGAACCUGCGGAGGUCCGGGUUUGGGGUGAUGGGCUUGAAGGCUUGGGGCGUGUGAAGCUUGGAUAUGACGAGGUUGCAGGGUUGCGCCUCCGGCCUCUUUCUUUUGCUUGUUGA